ACUUCUUUCUGGGAAGGUCACAUUGGAAGAAUUCCAUGCCUUAAUGGGCAGUCAAGCAACUGGGACCUUCUUCAAGGACUACUUUCAAGGUUAUGAGCUACCAUUGGUGAUGGCAUGUUGGGUUGGAAAUUUUGAGAUGGCGAAGUUACUACUCCAGAUAAAUCCACGGGGAAUAUACCUCAAAGAUACUAAUGGAAAUAAUCUGCUUCACAGCCUCAUUCUCAUGUGCGAUGAAGAAAACGAGGAAGUGACAAACUUCACAACAAUGAUGUAUAUGAUGAUUUACGAAGCAGAAGGGGGAAAUGUAGCUCUGCAGUAUAUGUUAGAAAUGACAGACAACAACAAUCAGACACCAAUGAUUUUAGCGAUCAAAAAAGGAGAGUUCAGAUUUGUCCAACUGAUCCUCAACACUGUAUAUAAGGAAACAGUAGGCAAAUACGGACCUGCAUCAUUCGUAAACUUUGACAUCACAGAAAUUGAGCAGUGUCCAGAUAUAAAAAAAUCGAGCCUAUCAGGAAUUGUAUACUUAGGUACAUCCUCAAAUUGUAAACGCUUUCCUCAGUUACUAAGCCUGCAACCCUGGGAUAGAUUGCUUAAACUUCGCUGGGAUGCAUAUAAAUGGAAUAUGUGUGCAUCAAUGCUGAUGCAGUUUGUUAUGCUAAUUUGGUUUGCUGUUGUGAUGGCCAUCACACCUUCAAAUAAAGAAUUAGCAAACAUACAUAAUGCUACUGAUUUGGAACGACUUGCUACAAAUGAAAGCAGAGAACUCACAUUUUUUGAGCAACGUGGCUAUUUUGGAACAGGUGGCAUUGCUCAAUUCAUAGGGGAGUGUCUUUUUGUCUUGUAUGGAAUGACAGGAUUCAUCUCUGAAAUCAUCAUAAUUUUUGCUUUAAUCAUUGGAUUGAGAGUCAAGGGGAGGCUGACAUUUGAUGAGAUGUGGCGGAGACUAUUUAACCCAGUUACCGGGUCUCUGUUAUAUGCACUUUUAAAUGUCAUCUUUUAUAUGAA